CGUCAAGCUCCGCCUACUACAAGGUAAGCGUCCAGCUGGCCCAAGUCCAAGAUACGUGAGUAUGAGUUCCCGAUCGUCGUCUCCCGGGACUCCGGGCGUCUCUGAGACCAGGUUUAUGGAGCCAGUGAACGGGUCAGAGCCGGGGGAGAGAAAGGAGGGAGAUGGAGAAUCAAAACCACUCAUUACCAGCGAGGAUGACAGUGAGAACGGAGGAGAGGAAGAUGUGAAGAACGAUCUCCAAUAUUUCUCACAGAGCAGGAGUCAAGAGCACAGAAGGUGGCAAAAUGGAGGAAUGUGACUGCAUUCUGGUUGUUUGGUCUCUGCAAUAACUUCCCCUAUAUCAUAAUGUUGAGUGCUGCCUUCGACAUUCUAUCUGAACUGGACAGCAAUACCUCUAGUGACAGUACUGACGAAUACGGGGCGGUAUUCGGGACGGACAAUUCCAGUAUUGGGUCGCCCGGAGCAUGCCGAGCAGUGUUCAAUUCUACAACGAACAGUUCAGAGUACAAAGCUCGCUACUGCAAUACUGCCGGAACAAGUGUGAUCCUGUUGGCUGAUAUUCUACCCACCUUGAUCAUCAAACUAACUCUACCGUACUUCGUGAACUUUGUUCCCUACUGGAUAAGGAUAUUUGCAUCGGCACUGUUUUCAGCUCUGAGUUUUGUUCUGGUAGGUGUGUCUGUCUCCGUUCCCGUGGUGAUAGUGGGUGUGGCUUGUGCCAGCAUCAGCUCCGGAUUGGGGGAAAUUACAUUCCUCAGUUUCACAUCUCACUACCACAAGUCUACCAUCUCGGGCUGGGGCUCCGGCACUGGUGCGGCUGGUAUAGGAGGGGCUCUAGUAUAUGCAGGACUUCGCACGUUCCUCUCGGAAAAAGUGACAAUUCUCCUCCAACUGGUCGUACCAAUUUUUCUGGUCCUGGCCUAUCUCUUCCUGCUCACGAAGCCAUCUAAACUCCUCCCAUCACAGAAUUCUCACUCCUCCAGCCAAGCCGAGGACGACAAAACACGAAGAAUAAAAUUCAAGUUCAUAAACCGCGAAGAAGCUCGGUAUUUUGUUAGUCACAUGAAGUAUAUCCCUUAUUUGGUGAAGUACAUGAUGCCUCUGUACCUGGUCUACGUAUCAGAGUACAUGAUUAAUCAAGGUCUCUUCGAACUGCUCUACUACAAGAAUACACGUCUUGGCACCAUCUGCCUCGACCAAAAAGAUCAGUACAGAUGGUAUCAGGUUGUGUACCAGCUGGGGGUGUUCAUAUCGCGUUCUUCGCUGUUUCUGGUGUACAUCAAAUGGUUUUGGAUACUGCCUAUACUCCAGGUCAUCAACUUUGUUCUGUUGUUCCUGGAAGCCAUAUACCUGGUCCUCCCCUCCUUCUGGAUUACCUUCUUCCUGGUGCUGUACGAGGGGUUGCUAGGGGGCGGAGUCUACGUCAACACCUUCUAUUCCAUCACCAAACAGGUACCUACGGCCCACAGAGAGUUCUCAAUGGGAGCUGCUAGUGUUGCCGACAGCUUCGGCAUCACCUCCGCAGGCAUCGCGUCCAUUUUCAUCCACAACUUCAUCUGUCACAACUUUGUUCACGGAAAUUAGUGGGUCACGUGACUGUAUCCAUGGCAAUGUAGAUCAUUGAUUAUUGUUACCAUGGCAACCAAAGAUUUCGUGUCAUGUGACUGUAUCCAUGGCAAUGUAGAUCAUUGAUUAUUGUUACCAUAGCAACCAAACAUUUCGUGAACCAGUAUCAUUUUAUUUAUCAAGUCUCUUUAC